UUAAAAAUUACGAAAUCGCCACUAUUCCCCUUAACCAUCUUUUUCCGAUCGGCGAUGGAGCAGCGCCUCCUGGCCGACGUCGGCCGGAACCCUAAUUUAUCCCCGAAGUGGACCGACGCUGCUCUCUCUCUCAUCACCAAUCCAUACACUUCUGAUCAGACGCUGUUUUCCAUUUCAGAAAGCCUAAUUCUCCAACUCCAGGAUGCUGAUUCCGAUCACCGCAAAAUACUCUCUCUACUCUACGCAAUUUCUCGUCACCACCCCCGCCUGCGCCUCCGCAUUGCCGCCGCGUCCCAGUCAUUUAUAUACUUGCCGUCGACUCCAACUUCAUCUCUUCCUCACGCUAUAUCUCUUAUCGAGCCUGGUCAUUCUGCCCCGAUAGCCCCAUUUGCGGACGAGUCUCUAUUUCUUUCUCUGUGCUUCUGGAACUGCGUGAAGACAAGAAGAUGGAUGCUGAGAAACGUGAGCGAUUAUCGAUUGAGGCCGUCGCUGUUGCUUAUGGUUCUUUUGGGGUUAACUAAAGAUCCGUAUCCAUAUAUUAAGGAAGCUGCGUUGGAUGGCUUGGUGAUGUUAUGUAAUAGUGUUGUGGUGGAUGAUCGGAGUUUGAUCGAAGGCUGUUAUUUUCGUGCUGCAGAGCUUCUUUUUGAUGCAGAUACCUCUGUCAGAGGUGCUGCUGUUCGUGUGGUCAGUAAGUGGGGACGGUUGAUUCAAGCAAUGAAUCCUGAUACAACUCAUGGAGAUUGGUCCGAUGCAUUGUUUGUACAGCUCUGUAUAAUGGUAAGAGACACGGAUAUGGAGAUAAGGGUUGCAGCUUUUGAAGCGCUUGGAACUAUUCAAAACGUUUCUGAGGAUAUCCUGCUGCAGACACUGUCUAAAAAACCUUUGGCCGCAACCAAAGAUAAAAAUUACCGAGGACAGUACACUGCUAAACUGUUUAAAAUCCCAGCUACUGCUGCUGCUUUUUCUUUCAUACAUGGAUUAGAAGAUGAAUUUUAUCAGGUCAGAAGAUCGGCUUGUUGUGCCCUGCAAAAGCUGGCUGUUCUUUCUGCUAAAUUUUCUGGUGGAGUGGUAGAUAGAAUGAUGGAUAUGCUGAAUGAUGAUGCAGUUGUUGUAAGAUUACAAGCUUUGAUCACUCUACAUCAUAUUGCUAUGAAUGGCCAUUUCACAGUGGAAGCAUCUCAAUUACAAAUGUUCUUGGGCACUUUGAUUGAUAAUAAUGCCUUGAUAAGGUCUGCUGCAAGGAAGAGUCUCCAGUUAAUUAAGUUGCAGAAGUUGGCGAUGUUUAAAUCAUGCAUAGAUAGUCUUAUCAAGAACAUGGAACUGUAUCCAGAGGAUGAGGCUGAUAUUUUUAAUGUUUUAUACAAAAUUGGUCGAACUCAUGGAAAAUACGUGACCACCAUCAUAAAUGGACUUUCUGAAGAGUUAGAACCUUCUUUUGAUGGAAAGUUGGAUUCCAACAAAGCAAGAACAGCCGCUUUACUAGUACUGGCUAUCUCAGCUCCAGUGUCACUUGAACGGCAGAUAUGCAGCAUUCCUCCACAGAUAUAUUCUUGUGCAGUUACACUAUUGGGCAGAGUAUCCUGUGGUCUUGUUGAUUUCACAGAUCAAAGCACCCUUUUAUCACAUCUGACUCGUUGCAGCCGAUUCACUAUUGCCUCUUCUUCAGAAAGUUUAGAAGGUGAAGUGCAGGGUUUUCAUUCAAAUCAUGUCCAGUUUUUGAGGAAGGAUGCGGAAUGUUCUCCCCUUUCUCUUGAGUCAGCGGGAUUGCUGAAUCUCAAGGUAUCAAACUGCUUGGAGAUUGUCAUGCAAAAAACUGUAGAUUUGUGGUCGCUGGUGCAACUUGGAUGCAUGAAUGAAGUACUUCAAACAUUGAGGAGCUGGAAAGAAGAGCUGAAGUUUUUUUCUUGUGGAUCAUGCCAACUUUCUGGUGUCAUGACUUUCGUAUUGAAGUACUUACAUGUUAUAAAAUUGCUUGCAAAGAUCUGGUGCGAGACAAGUCUUCAUUUCAGAGAGAUGAGGGUCUAUGAUGCCCUGUUUGGUAAAAUGGAAAAAAGACUCAAAGAAAUUCUAUACAGGUUCGUGGGUCUAGGGGGACAAGAAAAAUUGCACAUCCUUGAGCUAAUGCUUGUUACAUAUACCUUGAAAGCAUAUUGUGGAGGGAUCUGCUGUUUUGAUGAUUGUAUGAAAAAGUUGAACCGCGUGCUUUUCCAUGUGGAAUGUCUUCAAAAAGAAGGAUCUGUUGAACUUUCUGAUUUUGUAAUUGAGCUUCAGAAAGUUGUAUCAGGUGAAGUUGACAACUUCAAAGAUGGGAACACUCACCGGUUAUCCUUGCUCAAGAAGUCUCUCAGCCUCUUCACCCUGAAACAUAUGGUGCUGGCCAAAGAACUGAAGUACUUGGAUGUCAAAUUGGAUAUCUCCGACAACGAUUUCCAAAAUCCUUACCCAUUUAUUCCGGGAAUGCCUGUUGGAAUCCCACUAGACAUCACAUUGUCCAACAUUUCUAAUGGAAGCAGGUUUUGGCUUGUUAUUAAUCUUGGAGAAAAAUGUACUCAGUUUGUGUUCAUGGAUUUGGAUGAGUUCGAAGGGUGCAAUAAAUUAAGGAAGCUUACACUUGUUGCUCCUUUCUAUAGGACACCUAAAGUAAAGCACUUCUCAUUGAAGGUUUCUGUUGCUAUGGAAUGCUUGUUUGAGGAUCAUUACUCCGGGCAUAGUAAUAAGCCAAAACAUGAGCUUAUUCACCUAUGCAAAGGAAAAGAAGUUCAUCUGUCUAUGACUGUUAAGUGAUGGAGAGUAUUCUGUGUUAUUUGGGUGGAUUAUUUGUGUGGCAAUGUGACACUUGCUACAUGAGCGUGAGGCAUCUACACGCGCAGGCCAGUUGCAAGGUCUCUUGAUGAAUACUUGGUGAUGGUUUGGUCACUCAUCAGUGUUGGUCGACGAGUUUUUCUUCAUCCUCUCAAGCUUUGUUGUAAGCUACAAGAAAAUUGUGAGAUCCCAGCAGUUCUCUGUUAUUCUGGAAAAUGGAAAACUUACAUACAAGGUUGCUGCAGAUUCAUAAUAUUCUUUAGAAGAUUCAUUUCAGAGGAGCUCCGAGGACUCUCUAAGAAGAUGGAUGUGGACCCCAUGAAUUUUAUCAGGUGUUGAGAUCCCUGGACCUCCCAAGAAUCCCAUCACAACCACCGCUUAAAUUCACGUAUGUAUGACAUGACUGCCCCCUUACUUUCUUUUCCAGUUUUCCGUCCAG